AUGCAGAUCAUGGUUUGUUUGGCAUCCGUGUAUGGAGUGUGGACUAUCAGAGACAGAAAAUGGUAUUUUGAGGUUGAUAAAACGAGAGGAGGUAGAAUGUUCUACCUGCAGGAUGAUUGUAAACAUGAAGAGCUGGUUGAAAUGGUUGUGAACGACUACAUGUUGCAAGUUAAUGGCGAGCUGCUGGAGUUGUCAUAUCCAUUACCAGCUGCUAUGAUGGAGAAAUUGCCAACGGAUUCACCUCCUAUGUUUGUGGCAAAAUGUGUUGUCAAUGGAUGUGCAUGGAAGUUGAGAGCAGCUGUGAAGAAUGAACCGGAUUGCUUCUGGGUUACCAAAUUCGAUGAGGAUCAUGUUUGGCCUGAAUCUUACCUAUACAACGUCAUACCGGGCUCUCAAAUUCGCUCAAGUAUUUGUCAUGGGAACUCCAAGCCUGCUGCAAAUGCAAGCAACCAGGACAUACUCGCCCGUACUGUGUGUCCAAGCCUGCUCAGAAAUAAGGUCGGAGGUCUAUGA